AUGCCUUCCUUCAAGAACUCCGCUGUCCUUUCCGCCAUUGCCGGCGCCGCCUCUGUCAUGGCCCACGGUCACGUCAACUACUUCACCGAUGGCUCUGAGCAGUUCGCCGGUUACGACGUCACCUCGCUCCCUUACAUGAGCAGCCCCCCCGACGUCUACGGCUGGAAGAACACCGCCACUGACAACGGCUUCGUCGACCCCUCCUCCUACGCCGCUGCCGACAUCAUCUGCCACAAGAACUCCGAGAACGCCAAGCUCACCGCAAAGGUCGCCGCUGGUGACAAGCUCCAGAUCUUCUGGAACACCUGGCCCGAGUCCCACAAGGGUCCCGUUAUCGACUACCUCGCCUCUUGCGGCACUGACUGCUCUACCGUCGACAAGACCUCCCUCGAGUUCUUCAAGAUCGCUGAGGCCGGUCUCGUUGACGCCUCUGCCAACAAGUGGGCUUCCGAUGAGCUCAUUGCUGCCAACAACUCCUGGGCUGUCACCAUCCCCACUUCCCUGAAGCCCGGCAACUACGUUCUCCGUCACGAGAUCAUUGCCCUUCACUCCGCUGGCCAGGAGAACGGUGCCCAGAACUACCCCCAGUGCCUCAACAUUGAGGUUACCGGCUCCGGCUCUGACCUUCCCGCUGGUACCAAGGGUGAGGCCCUCUACAAGGCCACCGACGCCGGUAUCCUCAUCUCCAUCUACAACUCCCUGACCAGCUACUCCAUCCCUGGCCCUGCCCUUCCCUCCGUCUUCGGUGGCUCUGGCUCCGGCUCCGGCUCUGGCUCUGCUUCCUCCGCCGCUCCCGCCGCCACCACCACUGCUGCCGCCACCUCUGCCGCCGCCGCUUCUUCCACCGCCCCCGCCGUCACCUCUGCUGCUGCUGCCACCACCACCGCUGCUGCUGAGGCCGUCGCUACCUCCGCCCCUGCCUCCAGCUCCGUCUCUGCCCAGCAGCCUGCCGCCACUGGCAAGCCCUCCUGCGCCGAGAAGCGCAAGCGCAGCCUGGCCCGCCGCAUGGCCCGCCAGCACGCCCGUGACGUCGUCCGCCGCGUUUAA